AGCACGUUCUGGGCGCACGGAGAGAUGGCGGUACAAGAGCUAUAUUUGGAAGUGGCGGUACUGAGUACCGGUGCGUAGCCUACCGGCCCACUUAAAGCACUGGUGUACAGUGAAUGGCUCGUAGUGCACAAUGUAGGCGAUCGGGAAGGAUUUAGACAGUGUAAAUAUGCUUUUGAUUGGGGCAAAUGAGGCCUGGUUUCACCUUGUCACACUAACCGCGGCAGCUCGCACAGUCUACUCUGGAUUUUGGCUCUGGUCCAGAGACACGAUCGCAUGGAGCAGAUCAUAUGCUUUAGCUACAUAGAUGGGCAACUGCAUCACAGAAGAUCAAGAAGCACAGGUGAUCCAAACACAACUGGCGACCUACAUAAAGACACAUUCAUUCCAGUAAGAUGUUAGAGGUGGAUCAUUUGACAAAGAAACUAAAUCUCAGACCCUAAAGCUCAGCAUCUCUUCAUGGUUGUUUCCAGAGGCAAGGUGUCUGGAUGCGUCAUAUAAUUGACUUUUGUUCUGAAGAAAUAGAUCGAAGUGAUUUUGACUGACAGACAUCAGUGAGAAACAUGGCCGGUCAAGAUACAGGACAAAUAUUAAAGUACUUCAUGAGAAUCAUCAUGGCUGUCCUGCUAACCUGUGAUUGUGGAAUCUGGAAUGCAUAUGCAAAUGCUUAUUCUGAUUUCCCAGAAACAAGUAACGAGUUAAAGUUUAGCUACAUAGAUGGGCAACUGCAUCACAGAAGACCAAGAAACACAGAUCUAUUGGAAUACUUUGUGGUUGUGGAAAUCAAUGUAUCCCAAGCUGUGAUGAUUGAACAGACCAAAACAUCAUUGGCCUUUGUCAUGUUGCCUUUUCAAAUGGACAACAAUACUGAAAUUACUUCUGCAAACAUAACAACAGUGUGUCAACCAAAUGAGUCUGAAUACCAGUGCGUAUGUGAAGAUGGUUAUGCAUGGUCAUACAACAACUGCAAGACAUAUGAGGCCUGUGGCGACAUUGGUUUUGGCUCAUGUGGAUGUAUUAGUCAUAUUCCCAGUGAUGGAGAGGGGUGUGUGCUGGAGAAUGAACUGCCCUUCACAGACAUCUUGUCUGAAAUUGAGGUGGAAGCCACAAGCAUCUCUGUGAUCGAUGAGAUGAAGCGAUAUCUGCAGAACAUCACCUUUCCACUUCAGUUAGAUAAGGUGGUUGAAGUAUUAGAUGUGGACAUCUCAACAGUUUGCAAUUUCACUGACAGUGGAUACAAGUGUGUAUGUGAGGACCAGUAUUUCUGGCCAUGUAAUAAAUGCAAAGAAUAUGGGAGCUGUGACGGCAUCACUAACAACACAUGUAGCUGCAUCAAUGAUAUUCCAAGUGACAGACAGUUCUGCCAAAGAGUCAACGAGAUAACAAGUGAUAACAUAACAUGUGCGCAACCAGCAACAGUACCACCACCAACAGCACCAUUAACAGAAUCUCCAACACAAUCAGUAUCAACAGAAUCAUUAUCAACACCAACAGAAUCAUCAUCAUCAACAGCAACACAAUCAACAUUUACACUAUCACCUUCAACAGAAUCAACAGCAAUGCCAUCACCCAACGCAAACACCAUCAACAGAAUCAUCAACUUCUUCAGCAGCAACAAAAUCAACAGAAUCACCAUCAACAUCUAUGCCUCAACACCAUCAAAAUCAACACAAUCGACAUCAAACCCAUCAACACCAUCAAAAUCAACACAAUCGACAUCAAACCCAUCAACACCAUCAAAAUCAACACAAUCGACAUCAAACCCAUCAACACCAUCAAAAUCAACACGAUCGACAUCAAACCCAUCAACACCUACACCAUCAACACCAACACCAUCAAUAGAACCAUCAACAACAAGAACAAUUGUGAAAACAACAGUUAUUGGAAUGUCAAUGAAAAUAUCUCAGACAUAUGACAUCAGUCUCACUAACCAGAGUAGCACACCCUACAACGAAUUAUCUAAACGAAUUGAGUCAGCAAUUAACACAAGUUAUUCUAAAAAGAUAACUGGCUACGAGGUUGGUUCUGCUAAAGUCACUGGCUUCAGGUCUGGUAGUGUUAUAGCAGACUACACAAUAAUUGCAACAUCCAACAGCCUUGAUUUUGUAGCAGCAAACAUAGAGGUUUCAGACUCUCUAAGUACACAAGGAUUAAAUGUAACUAAAGAUGAUUUAAUUCUAAGUGCUCAAAAGGACCUAACAACAGAACCGUUAUAUCCUCUGCAAAAGGUGGUCCUGAACUGUACACAGACAGAAUUUGCAAAUGGACAAAUAAAAUGGACAGUGGAUGACAAAGAUCCUGCACUAAACAAAACAAGAUACUUAAUUUCACCUGACAACAGAACUCUCACUGUAAUUAAUGCUACUGAACAAGACAGUGGUCGAUACUCAUGCAUCAUACAAGGCAAUGUUACGUACGUUCAAUGGCAAAACAUUGCUAUUAAAAAACGCCCCAGUAUUAAUGUGGGUGAAAAGGACCACUAUAUUUUCUGUGAUGGCAGCAGUUUACAACUGAAAUGUUCUGUUGAUGUUGGCUACAAUAUUGAGUGGAUCCUUGGUGAAGAAGUAUUAAUGUCAGGAACUGACAGUAUCACAUACAACCAUAAAAUUAAAAAUGUAAAUUGUACAGAGGAAAUCUUUACAUGUCGUCUCAGGGAUCUGCCACAACUACAGGACUAUGGAUAUAGCCAGAGCAGAGUUACAGUUAAGAUAAGCACAGCAAAUGCUUUGUCAGAUGAUGUCUGUCACACUCAAGAACUUGGAGCUGGCAAAACAAAUGACGUGAGGACAGGAGUCUGUGGAAAUGGCUUGAAAGGCAACAUCAUUUACAAAUGUGAAUCACGUAAUUGGAAAUCAAUAGAGAACAACUGUGUGCUUGAAGUUAUCGACAAACUUACAAGUACAGUUGAGUCCUUGCUUGUGGAGGAGAUUCCAGUGUUUAUGGCUAACCUCAGUAAUGCCACAGAACAGCAUAAUAUUAAUAUAACCCAGUCUCCUGCUACUGUCCAAGCAAUUGUGGAUAUACUCUCUACAAUUGCUAAUUUGUCAAAAUCAGUUUUUAUCAAUAAACCAGUAAUGGAGGAUUUCCUAAAAACAGUGGAUAUUAUUAUAUCAGAUAAUGUCAGUAAUACAUGGAGCAUACUCGAAAACAAGACCAGCAUUAAACUUCUGAGGGCUAUUGAAGAUAUAAGUGACCGUCUCACAGAAAAUGGUGAGAUAUAUAAAACAUCCAUUCAGCUGAUAAGAGCUACAGUUACAAACUCAUUCAAUUUAACAUCAAGCCUGCCGAACUCAACUACGGAGAUUGUGAUACCACAGGUUCCUCGGGCGACUAACAUAACCAUCAUAAUAUUCACGACUCUUGACAAUGUCCUACCUACUCAUGGUAGUAAUGACAGCAGGAAAUCAGAUGUGCGCAUCAAUGGAGAUGUGGUCGUAGUAAAAGUUGACAACAAAAUGAUUAACAACAUAUCUUUUACAUUUGACAUUACUAAUCAGUCUUUGGGAAAUCCUCAGUGUGUCUUUUGGAACUUCAUUCUCGACAAUUGGGAUUCCACUGGAUGUGAAGUAAAGCGAAACAACAUUGGCAACACUACGUGUGAAUGCAACCACACAACCUCUUUUUCAAUCCUAAUGUCACCAUUUCACAUUGAUCCCAGUCAUCGAACGGCCUUAGCCUAUAUAACUUACAUUGGUGUAGCUAUUUCCAUAGCCAGCUUGAUUAUAUGCCUGAUUAUCGAGAUUAUCGUAUGGAAGUCAAUGACAAGAAAUGACACAUCCUACAUGCGACAUGUCUCCAUAGUCAACAUUGCUGUGUCUCUGCUGAUAGCAAACAUCUGUUUUAUCAUUGGAGCUGCAAUCGCAGAACAAGAGCAGCCAACCUUAGUGGGUCGCUGCAGUCCAGCAGUUUUCUUCAUGCACUUCUUUUACCUGGCUCUUUUCUUCUGGAUGUUAAUGUCAGCACUGUUGCUCUUUUACCGUACAGUCAUGGUCUUGUCUCAAAUGUCAAGGGCUAAAAUGAUGGCCAUUGCCUUCAUAGUUGGUUAUGGUGCACCUUUGCUCAUAGCGGCCAUCACUGUUGCAUCAACAGCUGGACCUCAAAAUUAUAUUUCUAAAAGAGACGCAUGCUGGCUGAACUGGUAUGAAUCAAAGGCCCUGCUGGCAUUUGUGAUUCCAGCUCUCACUAUUGUAGCCAUAAACCUUGUGGUUUUGGCCGUGGUUCUGUACAAGAUUUUGAGGAGAGGAGUUGGUGCCGCAACUCAACCAGAUGAGAAACAUGCCCUGGUGGUCAUUGCCAGAUGUGUGGCCAUUUUGACUCCUAUCUUUGGUCUAACAUGGGGAUUUGGAAUUGGAACCAUGGUGUCACAGAAACAGGGCAUUCAUGUGGUGUUUGCACUCCUCAAUUCACUGCAGGGAUUCUUUAUUUUGGUGUUUGGAACACUUUUAGACAGCAAGGUUCGUGAGUCACUACCAGGAAAGCUGUUGCUACAGAAACUCACUUCCAGCCGUACCAAUAAUACCAGUGCAGGAACAUUAUCCACAUCUGGACUGCCUUUCUUGCGGCGGUGGAGGAAUGUGUACAAUGUGUCAGAAGCCAACCCUUCCUCAGCACUUCCAUCUUCAGACAGCUCCAUUGGCUCUUAUGCUGCUUUGAACAACUAAAAGACACUCACAAAGUGUUUUCUCUAAUGCAAUUAGUGUUUCUGGGUAAUUUUUUUUUUUUUUUUUUUUUUGAUGAGGAAAUGUUUCUACUCUCUCAGACAUUAAGGUACAAAACUGUCAAUGGGGCAGUAAACUUUCAAAAUGUACUAAAAUGUAUUUUUAAAGUAGUAAUGUACCAUGUGGGUAAAUAAGAAGGGACAAAAGAUGUCUCUCUUUGCUUUUGUACCUUAGUGUACCACUCCAGUGACAGCUUUGUAUAUAUUAUUUUUUUUUUAGUUUUACUGAUAGGAUUAGUCUAAAACUAAGGCUGCAAUAUGACUUUGUUUUAUUGUGUAUAUAUAUUGUGAAUGCAGGGUAUGGACUUUUUAUUUGUAUGCCUACUUAACAAAUUGGGGUCAUUUUCCAGUAAUAUAACUCAAGAAGUGUUCUCUGUUUUGCAAAGUUAUUUUUUUUUAUAUCAGACAUUUACAUUCGUUUUUUUUUUCCUUGUCUUAAUUCAAAAUGUUUCCAAAAUUUCUAAAUGUAACUGCAUCACCAAUAAUUAAAUGUAUCUUCAUAUUAAAUUUACUCAAGUAGUUU